AUGGAUUAUUCAUCCGACAACAAAAACGAUCCAUAUGAUUAUGAUAUGGAAUCAGUCAUAGAUGAUAGUGACGACAAUAACAGUUCCGCAGCAGAUCAAUUAUAUUUGAAAGAAGCUCAAGAAAAUGCUCUGAUUGCUCAUCCAUAUUAUUCGAGAUUUCUAUUAUGGAAAUUGCAGUUCAUUGUAUCCGAUAAAUGUUGUAAAGCAUUAAAUUCACUGCAAACGGAGCUUCAUACACGCCUCAGUCAAUUUAGAACACUCGGUAAGACUGUACCGCUGACGAGGGAAGGUAUUUAGGUGUUCAAGCGUUUUAAAGCCCAUAUAUUGGCCACAAGUAGACCGCAAUGAAACAUGAAAAUCCUGACAAGAAUUCAUUCCCUCGCGCCUUUGUUCGUGAGAUAUCGAAUUUUUAUUAAAUUUUCUCUGUAAGAUCUCAUUUUUCCAACAAAAUCAGAUUUUCGAAUUUCGAUCUUUUCGAGCUUUUUAAAAUAUCUUUGAAAAAGCUCCUAUAGUAAUAUCGAAAAAUUUAUAUCGCUGAGGUACAACAUUCAGAAAUUCUGAAAUUUUCUCUACAAGCUAGUCUAAUCGAGGUCUUUAUCUGGGCAAAGUUUCAGAUCGAAAUUCGAAAAUCUGAUUUGGUUGAAAAAAUGAGAUCUUACAGAGAAAAUUUAAUAAAAAUUCG